GCGCAGGUGGGAACGAGCGGCCGGUCCCGGCGCUGGUCCCGGGCAGGGUUUGUGCGAGGGAUGCGAAACGAGUUAAUUCUCCUCGGAAGGGCUGCUGGCGGGGAAGGAGCUGACGUGUGGAGCCGCCUCCGGGGGAUGAGCCGCCGGCGGGGCCGGGAACGCUCGCACAGCCGGGCCGGGCACACGGCGGGCGCGGCUGCGGCUGCCCCGGCUCCCCGCGGGGUUCCGGCCUCUGUGCGCCCCGCAGCUCCGCACAUCGCACGGGCACAGCGGGGCAGCUGUCAGUGACAGCGCUUUGGGUCGUGGCACAGAUCCAUCGCUGAGGGGAAACCCGAGAGUUGGGGGCUGGUUCGUGGGCGGGUUUUUCUUUUAAGUUAAGAAUUCUUUUUUGCUUCUGGCUUAAACCCGAGCGGCUCAGCUCGGCCGGCGCGGUGAGCGCCCGCGUGUUCUGCUUUCCCCGCAGGAGCCCGCCCGCCGCUGGGAUGGCAGCGUAGGAUCCCUCCCGCAGGAUGGGGGCCCCGCGCCGGGAAUGGCGGCCCCGCUGGCUGGGGACCCUCCUGGCCGCCUGCCUGGCCGCCCUGCCGGCCACCAGCGCCUGUCCCCGGCCCUGCGCCUGCCACGGCUCCGCCGAGCUCCACUGCACCUUCCGCUACUUCAGCGCCGUGCCCCCGCGCAUCCCGCCCGACGUGCGGCGCAUCAACCUGGGCUACAACAGCCUGAGAAAACUCAGCCCCACGGACUUUGCUGGCCUGGAGAAGAUGGAGCUACUGAUGCUGCACAGCAAUGAGAUCAGUACCAUCCCUGAGAAGGUGUUCAGAGAUUUACGCUCGCUGCAGGUCUUAAAAAUGAGUUACAACAAGGUCAGAGUGCUUCAGCAGGAUGUAUUUUAUGGCCUGAACAGCUUGGUACGGCUGCAUAUGGACCACAAUCAAAUUGAAUUUGUGAAUCCCAAUGUUUUCUAUGGACUCACUUCCUUGAGGUUGGUCCACCUGGAUGGAAAUUUACUUCAGCAGCUGCACCCAGACACUUUUGUCACCUUGCGCUACAGCCAAAUAUUCAGAAUAUCCUUCCUGAAGCACAUCUCUCUGUCUGACAAUGCGCUGACUUCACUCCCACAAGAGAUGUUUUCCUACAUGUCAGAGCUCGAGAGCAUUUACCUCCAUGGGAACCCCUGGUCCUGCGACUGCAGCCUGCAGGGGUUGGCAGGGUGGGCACAGGAGAGACCAGAUGUCAUAAAGUGCAGAAAAGAGAGAAGUUCUGGUGUCCAGCAAUGCCCGGUCUGUGCUAGUCCCAAAACUCAUAAUGGGAAAAGUUUAGUGGAUCUCCCUUCUGCGUCUUUCACCUGCACUAAGCCAGUCAUCGAUGACUCCCUGAAAUCCAGAAACCUCUCGGUGCCAGACGAUGGGGAUUUCAGUUUUGUGUCUCCCAAGGACUUGAUGGCUCCAAUGGGAUCUGUGGUUUUGAAUAUGACUGACCAGGCAGGAAAUCGAGGCAACUUGGUUUGCAAUGUCCAGAGACCUAAAGCAAUGUCUCCCAUCUCAUUUGACCAAAGUGGCCCCAGCAGAGUGCUCAAAGCCUCGUUCUCAGCAUUCCUGGUGUGUGGUAUUGAUUACGGGCACAUCCAGCAGCUGUGGAGCAUCCUGGCACUGUACAGCAGCUCUCCUUUGAAACUGGAGCAAACUGCGCGGGCAGCUGAGGAGCCUUCUGUCAGCUACAAAUACAGGCAGGUGUACAGUGAGAAAGAUGAGCUCUUCACGGGGAUGGAGGCAGAGCUGCGAGCCGAGCCGGCGUGGCUGCUGCAGAGGCAGGUGUCCCUGCAGCUGGACAGGACAGCCACCACGCUCAGCACGCUGCACCUCCGCUACGCCGCCCAGGCCCGGGUGCCUCUGCCCAGCCAGGACAAGGAGCAGGGCAGGCCCGGCUGGGCCGUCAUUUCCAGGGACAGCAGCACCCAAACGGAGCGCACGGUGCUGCGGGGGGGCACCGUGCAGCUGGGGUGCCAGGCAGCUGGGCAGCCAGCUCCGGCCGUGGAGUGGAUACUGGCCGAUGGCAGCAGGGUGCGAGCCCCCCACAUCAGCGAGGAUGGCAGGAUCCUGGUCCUCAAGAGCGGGGUGCUGACGCUGAGGACAGCUGACGUGUUCGACUCGGGGCUCUACCACUGCAUCAGCACCAACCACAAGGACGCUGACGCGCUCACAUUCCGGAUUACAGUGCUGGAUCCAGACCUGGAACGCAGCGGUGUCAAUGGAGCCCAGCUGCCGGCUGCUCUCGGCAGCACGCUGCACCUCCCCUGCACAGCCACGGCUGCCCCAGACCCUGCUGUCACCUGGGUGCUCCCUGAGCACACAGUCCUCCGUCAGUCUGCUGGAAACAAGCACAUUUUUGCCAAUGGCACCUUGAGAAUACAAGGGGUGACGCAGCGAGACCUGGGCUACUUCCGAUGCGUGGCAGCCAACCGGUUCGGUGUGGAUCUUUUGGUUUUCCAGGUGCUGGAGAGACAGGAUGAAACUGCUCUGAAGAAAAAGCAUGGAGCUCUGGGAGAGUGGGAAGAAGGCUCUGGCAAUGAGCUGCUGCGCUCUGCUGCAGCACAGAGAGAUCCCUCCGGCACUGCAGGCGCCCUGGGGGCUCUCGGGGAACCUGCUGCACCAGCAGCCAGCAGCCAGAGCACACGUCAGAGGAACAGCCACGGGAAAAUGCCUCACUGGCCCUACGCAGACAGGACAGGCCGGCGCUUCCGGGGACACAGGAGACAGUUUGUUCCCUCAGGCAGGAGAGCUGAUCCACAGCGCUGGGCAGCCCUGCUGGAGAAAACAAGGAGGAACUCAACAGUGGCAGACAAACGAGGAGAAGCUGCAACAGAACCACCCAUUCAAGCCCGUAAGCUCUCAGAGGUACCCGGGGAUGAGGGGGAGACAUCUGGUGAUCUCGUAUCUCCAGAAGAAGAAUUCAUGAUACCAGCAACAGCGAGAGCCCCAGUAUCUGCUCUGGGCAGAGCAACAGAGCUCAUGAUCACUGCAGGGGCCGAGGAGACUGAGAAUCCCCCUCCUGCCUGGAGCACCUCCCUCCUGCCCACAGAGCCAAUCACUCCCCUGCCCUCACCUCUUCCACACCCUGGGGCAUCUGCCAGCAAAAUGCCACAAACACUUCCCAAACCUACAGACUCAUGGGAAAGAUCUGAUUUGAGUCAAAUAUCAGCAAAUGGUGUAAAACAACCAACUGUACCAAGUGGGACAGCCACACUCUUCCCUGCUGGGCAAAAGUCAAUAUAUUCAGGGGAAAGUAAUAACCAGCACCUAAAGUCUGCAUCCAUGACACCCACGACAGGCACCAGCAAGGCUGUAACUCCCCAGAACACAGCAGACAAGUUACAUAUUUUUACUGAGUCUAUUGAUAAUGUCUCCCCCAAAGCAGAUCACCAGGUCCCUGUGGUGACAGUGGCACCAAGCUCUGAAUUUGGCCCCAUUUAUUUUCAUGAUACUCAGAGAGGAAGAGCCCCUAAUCCACCUGCCUUGACUUUCACUGCUCGUCGGCAAAUUCAGGUUAUCCAGGGCGUUCCAACUCAUCCAGCCCAGCUCCAGCAGCACCAUGGAAGACGAAGGAAAAUUUCUGGUCGGAGACGAAUUGUUAGACCAGGACGUGUCCCAGGCAUGAAAGAGCCCGGGUACAAUUUUGGGAGGCCAGGGUCUGCCAGAGGAAGUACAGCUGUGGCUACAGGUGCUCAACUGAAUAGGAACUAUGCAUCAAAUGUACCAACCUUAAAUAACUCCAGCAGAUCCAUCAUCAAUCCAUUUAGCCCAGAAACACCCCAGUCCUUCCCCUCCACCAUGAAAAUGCCAUUGGAGCACCCUGUGGGUGCCCAUCAAAACACAGCAUUCCUCAGGGAAGAGGAAAAGAAACAUGGUGCACGGCAAAAAGCUGCUGCCACAGUCAUGUCUGUCACUGCAGGGGACACUGCCACCCCUGCAGCCAGUGGAUUGGGUGUGAUGGGUUUGGAGCCCACAGUUACACUUGUUAUUAGUCCUCAAACCGACACCAGAGCCACCAACAGUAAAAUACUCAGAGUGGGAGGAAGGAGAGGUCAGAGGAGGAAGAGGCCUCCUAAAACACCUGCCCCACAGUGUGUGGCUGCAGCCCAGAGCACUGCAGCCACGCCUGCAGGGACCCCUGCAGCGAGGACAGUCAUCUCUGCAGCAAGCAUAGCCACCCCUGCAGUGAGCACUGCAGGCACCCCUGCAGCCCAGAGCACUGCAGGCACCCCUGCAGUGAGCACUGCAGGCACCCCUGCAGCCCAGAGCACUGCAGCCAUCCCUGCAGUGAGCACUGCAGCCAUCCCCACGGUGACAGCUCCUGCAUCACCAGCCGUGCCUCCAAGCCUUGCACCUGCAAACCCUCUCCCUGGGAGCAGCAGCGCAGUCCCCAGGAGCGAAGCAGCAGCACUGGGGGUCCCUGAGAGCCCCUCAGCCCCCCAGCACAGCCCCACGGCAGCCACACAGGCAGCAGCAGCAGCCCCGGGCACCUGGAGGGGCACCCCGUCAGCAAUGCCCCUGCCCGGCAGUGUGACUGCUCAGAGCCCCCCCUGGGCACCGCAGACCGCACCCGACUCGCACAGGAACACCCUGCUGGCCACGGCACCAGCCGCCAGUCCUGCCCAGACCCCCACCACGGGUCUCCAAGCCUCACCCUGGCCGGAGGAGCCCCCUGGUGCCGCCAGUGCCCCGCCGGGGCCGGGGCCUGCCCAGCCCAGCAGAGGCGCUGCCAGGGCAGGAGGAGAGCCCCUCCCGGGUCGGGGGCAGGGAGCCGCCCGGGCGCGGCAGGCGGCACAGCCCGCGCUGCCAGCCGGAGCUCCCGCCGCAGCCGCUGCUGCCCGCGCCCAGCGCCCCUCUCCCCUGCCAGCCCCCGCUGCCGCCGGGCCCGCAGCCCCCCCGAGAGCCCCCUCGCCCCCACGGGGGCACGGCCAGCUCCAGCUCCAGCCCGGGCCGCCUCCCGAGGGCACCGAGAGGGGCAACGCGCUGCCAGCACCCCAGAUCACACCUCCGUGGGGAGGGGACAAGGACAGCUCUGCCAGUGCCUGGUCUGACAGGCGACACAAUCAAGACACCACCACCCUGCCCAGUCCCAUCACCUUCGGCUCUGCGAGCAAGAACCAUUUCUCAAAGCCCAGAAUAGUCGGAGGGAAAGUGGCUGCUUUCACUGUGCUGGCGGAUUCCGAUGCUUUCAUUCCAUGUGAAGCUACUGGGAACCCCCCUCCAACAAUACAGUGGACCAAGAUACCAUCAGGGCGCGAUGCCGCGGGUGCCGGCGCUGCCAGCCGCUGGUCGGUGCUGCCCAACGGGACGCUGGCCGUGGCGCGGGCGGGGCUGCAGGACGCCGGGCAGUACCAGUGCACGGCGGCCAACGCGCUGGGCUCGGCGCGGCUCCUGGCCACGCUGGCCGUGCAGGCGCUGCCGCCGCGCAUCGCCGCCGGCCGCCCGCUGACCGCGCACGCCGGGGCCGCCGCGGCGCUGCCGUGCCGGGCGGGGCAGCCCCCGCCCCGCAUCUCCUGGCUGCUGCCCGACGGCACCGAGCUGGGGCCCGGCUCGGCGGGCCGCGGCAGGGCGAGGGUGCAGCCGGACGGCACGCUGCUGCUCCGGGCCGUCACCGUGUACGACAGGGGCACCUACACCUGCCGGGCCCGCAACGCCGCGGGCUCCGACGCCCUGCCCCUCCGGCUGCAGGUGGUGGCGGCGCCCCCCGCCAUCCUGGAGGAGAGGAGACAGAGCGUGGCGGGGGCGGCGGGGCAGAGCCUGAGCCUGCCCUGCACGGCGCAGGGACAGCCCGAGCCCGGCGUGCACUGGGUGCUGCCUGGCGGCGCGGUGCUGCGGCCGCUGCAGGCGCUGCACGCCAGGCUGGUCCUGCUCGCCAACGGCACCCUGCGCCUGGGCAGCAUCAACCCCUCCGACAGCGGCACCUACGAGUGCAUCGCCACCAGCUCCACGGGCUCGGACAGGAGGGUGGUCAGCCUCACGGUGGAGCACAGAGACACACCUCCGAAAAUUGCCAUCGCCUCCCCGGAACUGACGCGGCUGAACUUUGGGGAGAGGUUGCUUCUGAACUGUACAGCAAAUGGGGAGCCCAAGCCCAGGAUAAUCUGGAGGUUGCCCUCCAAGGCUCUUGUGGACCAGUGGCACAGAAUGGGAAGUCGGAUCCAUGUCUUCCCCAACGGAUCCUUGGCUAUUGAGGCAGUUACAGAAAAGGAUGCAGGUGAUUACCUGUGCGUUGCAAGAAACAGAAUCGGGGAAGAUCUGAUCCUGAUGAAAGUCAGCAUCACAAUGAAACCAGCCAAGAUUGAGCACAAACAGCAGUUCAAGAAGCUGGUGCCGUACGGGAAGGAUUUCAGAGUGGACUGCAAGGCCUCGGGGUCGCCCACCCCAGCGAUAUCCUGGGGCCUGCCAGAUGGGACGGUGGUGAACAACACAAUGCUGGCGGACGACAGCGGACACAGGGCUCACAGGUACAUCCUCUUCCACAAUGGCACUCUGCACCUCAACAAAGCUGGAGUGGCAGAAGGAGGAGACUACACGUGCUACGCCCAAAACACCCUGGGGAGGGACGAGAUGAAGAUCCACGUCACGGUCGUUGUGGCAGCCCCUCAAAUCAAGCACAAUCACAAGACACACGUCACAGUGACAGCUGGAGACACAGCCCUGCUGGACUGUGAGGCUGCUGGAGAGCCCAGGGCACAGAUAUUCUGGCUGCUGCCCUCCAGUGAGAUGAUCUCCUCGUCCACAGACAGGCACUCCCUGCAUGCCAACGGCUCGCUGUCCAUCGGCCGGGCUGGCCUGCUGGAUGCUGGGGAGUACCUGUGCGUGGCUCGGAACCCUGGUGGGGACGACAGCAAGCUCUACAAGCUGGGUGUGGCUGCUAAACCCCCCACCAUCAAUGGUUUACACAGGAACAAAACGAUCAUGAAGGUGACAGCAGUGAGGCACUCCAAGAAGCACAUCGACUGCCGGGCAGAAGGGACACCUCCUGCCCAGAUUAUGUGGAUCAUGCCUGAUAACAUUUUCCUAACAGCCCCAUAUUAUGGGAGCAGGAUCGUGGUGCACAAGAAUGGGACACUUGAGAUCCGGAACAUCAGGCCCUCAGACACGGGGGACUUUAUCUGUGUGGCACGUAACGAUGGGGGAGAGACUGUGCUGGUGGUGCAGCUGGAAGUCACGGAAAUGCUACGGAGACCAAUGUUCAAAAACCCUUUCAACGAGAAAAUAAUAGCAAAACCUGGGAAAACUAUCACACUGAACUGUUCUGUGGAUGGAAACCCCCCCCCGGAUAUAAGCUGGAUGCUGCCCAAUGGCACGUGGUUUUCCAGCAGCAUCAGGACCCCCCAGUUUGUCACAGGAAGCAACGGCACCCUGACCAUCCCCAGCCCCGAGAGCCAGCACGCCGGGCGGUACCGCUGCGCCGCGCGGAACCAGGUCGGCUACAUCGAGAAGCUGCUGGUGCUGGAGGUGGCCCAGAAGCCCAGGAUCCUGAGCCAGCCUGCAGGGCUGGUGCGGGGGCUCAGCGGGGAGCCCCUGUCCCUGCACUGCCUGGCCGAGGGCAGCCCCAGGCCCCGUGUGGCGUGGACGCUGCCCGGGGGCCGCGUGCUGGAGCAGCCGCAGCUCAGCGGGAGGCUCCUGCUGCUGGACAACGGCACCCUGGUCAUCGCGGCAGCCUCGCCCCACGACACAGGCAGCUACCUGUGCAGGGCCCACAACGACGCUGGGGACUCCUCCCUCACCAUCCCUGUGGUGGUCACAGCCUACGCCCCACGGAUCAUGGGCAGACCCCCCCCGGCCAUCCACACCAUGCCAGGGGCAGCAGUUCAGCUCCACUGCGUCGUGCUGGGCAUCCCAAAGCCAGAAAUCACCUGGGAGUUACCUGACCACUCCGUACUCUCCACAGCUCACCAGGGCCGGGGCUCUGGGGGUGAGCUGCUCCACCCCACGGGGACUCUGCUCCUGCAGAACCCCCGACCCUCCAGUUCUGGCACGUACAGGUGCACAGCGAGGAACCCCCUGGGCACCGACACUGCAGCCACCUACGUCCACGUCAUCUGAGCCAGAAACACAGCAGGAAUGGUGGGGAACACAGGCUGCAGCCAGGCUGGGCUCAGCCCUGCAACGGCUUCAAUCAAAGGCAGCCGCAAGCACCUGAGUGCCUGGGCACAUCACAGCAUUCAGUUUGCAGUCACUGGGCAAAAGGAGAGAGGAAAGGGAAAAUUAGC